UUAUUUUCCUCUUGGUGACGGUUGCUUUUGAAAACCCGAAGACUCGCUUCGAAGUAACCAUCGUUCAUUAGUUUAUCUUUCACAGUUACACAGGCAAGACAGCGAACUUCUUCGGGCCAACAUGCUGGAGCUAUUGAAUGCCUGCAUGGCAGGGCUCUGCUUUUGCCAGAAGCAGCACAUCCUGGUCAUGAUGACGUUCUUCGCCAUCUUCAACCAGUAUACGAUGCGCAUCUGUCUGCAUCUGGCCAUUACCGUGAUGACGGGUGAUCGGAACGACACGGUGUCGGGUGUCACGAUUGCGGACGAGGAUCACUACGAUUGGGACGAAUACGAACAGGGCAUAAUACUGUCCGCAUUCUACUGGGGCUACACGUUGUCCCAUUUUGUGAGCGCCUUUGUGGCUGAUCGUUAUUCGAAGCACCUGCUAGGGCUGAGCGUACUGGUUACAGCGGUACUUACCAUUCUGACUCCGCUCGCGAUCGAUAUCGGCGGAUCCUGGUUGCUGAUUGUGGUGCGUGUCCUCGAGGGCAUUGGCGAGGGUGCUACCUUUCCGGUGCUGAGCGCACUCGUCGCCCACUGGAUUCCGGCAUCGCAGCGUGGUUUCUACGGUUCCUUCAUCUUUAGCGGCUGUCAGAUCGGAGCACUGGUCGGUGGUAUCGGUACCGGGUACUUUAUCGAAGCGCACAACACCUGGCGAACAACCUUCUACAUAUGGGGCACAUUUGCAAUCAUAUGGUACAUAUUCUGGCUGUUUAUCGGAUUCGAAAGUCCCGAAACGCAUCCGUACAUUAGCGAAGAGGAACGUUCCGAGCUGGUCGCACAGUUGGCGGAAAGUCGCAAAAGCAUGCACUCGUACCCGAUUCCGUGGGCUAGAAUUCUUACGUCCUGUCCGCUUUGGGGAUUGAUAGCGGGUCAAAUAGGGCACGAUUGGGGCACGUAUCUAAUCAUCACCGAUCUGCCGAAGUAUAUGAAAAGCAUCCUACACAUCUCGGUGAGCGAUAAUGGGCUCGUCACGUACACGCCCUUCUUCAGCAUGUGGCUGUUUUCCAUCCUCGGCGGAUGGUUGUGCGAUGUGCAGAUCAAGAAGCAGUGCAUGUCACGCACGAAUGCACGCAAGCUCUGGACGACAAUCGGUUCGAUGCUGCCGGCCUUUUUCAUGAUGGCUGCCUCGUACACGGGCGAGGAUAAGGUAAUGGUCGUCACGUACUUUGCACUGUGCGUUACCUUUCUCGGUGGUUUCUAUCCUGGCGUGAAGGUAAACACGAACGAUCUUAGUCCGAACUUUGCUGGUGUGCUAAUGGGCAUGGUGAACGGAAUUGGUGCCAUUACGGGCAUCAUUACUCCUUAUUUGGCUGGUCUGUUAACUCCAAAUCAAACGUUAGAAGAAUGGCGUGUUGUAUUUUGGAUAGCUUUUGCCGUACUCAAUAUUACCAACGUUAUCUUCAUUCUGUUCGCAUCGGGUGAAAUUCAGCCAUGGAAUUAUCCCCGACAGCAGCAACAGUCGUCGUGAAUGUCGUGAGGACGCGAACAGAAAACAUGAAAGGGACACGAAGAAUUCGUCCUGCAUCGAAAUUCAAAAAAAUAACAUGGACUGUGUCAUGCACUCCUGCUAAAAUGUUGAAUUAAAUUUUCUCUCAACCUUAAA